AACCAUGCUACACUAAUUGUCCAAAUAUAUAACGUAGUGCAACCAAGUGUGCCUUGCCUAACAACAGAGUAUGGAGAGCCAAAGACAACUCCCUGUGUCAAACUUGGGCCUACCCAGGAAAGGAACCACCUUCUUCAAAACAUGUUUCAAUGGACUCAACGCCGUGGCAGGUAUUGGGGUACUAUCAAUGCCGUAUGCAGUUUCUCAAGGAGGGUGGCUGGGUUUUAUGAUAUUAUUUCUUUUUGCUAUGAUAUGUUGGUACACAGCGCUACUUCUAAUAAGGUGUAUGAAUAAUAAUCCACUAAUCAAAUCCUACCCUGACAUAGCUGAGGUUGCUUUUGGGAACAGAGGAAGAGCUUUUAUAUCAGUUCUCAUGUACGUAGAGCUGUUUUUAAUUGCAGUGGAGCUUCUGAUAUUGGAAGGUGACAAUCUGGAGAAGUUGUUUCCAAACAUGAACUUCAAAAUUAAUGGUCUUAGAAUCGAAGGUAAAAGGGGUUUUGUCCUGUUAGCAUCUCUGGUCAUACUACCAACAACGUGGUUGAGAAGUCUGGGAGCACUGGCCUACGUUUCUUUUGGAGGGGUAUUGGCUUCGUCUAUUUUAAUUGGUUGUGUUAUGUGGGUGGGUGAAUUUGAUGGCGUGGGGUUUCAUGAAAGAGGCCACUUAGUGAAUUGGGUUGGCUUGCCUACCUCGAUUAGCCUUUUUGCCUUCUGUUACUGUGCGCAUGCAAUGAUGCCCACACUUUGCAACUCUAUGAGUGACAGAAGUCAGUUUCCAAAGGUUUUAAUGAUUUGUUUUGUGGCAAGCACCUUUAUCUAUGGAUUCAUUGGUAUGUUAGGCUACAGAAUGUUCGGCGAUGGUUUGAAGUCUCAAAUCACUUUAAAUCUACCCACACAAAAAAUGAGUACUAAAAUAGCAAUUGUUACCACAGUAAUCAAUCCUUUCACCAAGUAUGCUGUUCUAAUCACCCCAAUAGCAGAUGCUAUUGAGGACAAAUGGCUUCUCUGCAAAAAAAGGCCUAUUGCCAUUCUCAUUAGAACAAGCAUCGUGCUCGGCACUGUGCUUAUGGCGCUAUUCAUGCCAUUCUUUGCGUACAUUAUGGCUUUUAUUGGUGCAUUCAUGAGUGUGACAAUCUCACUUUUGUUCCCUUGUCUUUGCCACCUAAAGAUAAACAAAGCUUCACGGCGAUUUGGGUUGGAAUUGAUCUUAAUCAUGGGAAUUCUGAUCAUAGGUACAUUCAUGGGAAUAUUGGGUACCUACCUCUCUGUGAAGCAAAUUGUGACUAAUCUAUAG